UUUCGCUUGUCUUCCACAAAAAUGAAGCACAAUGGUUCGAGAUUAACCGAAUGAUGAGUCACCACCGACAUGUACUGUGUUUACAACGAAGAUGAAAGUUGAAGUUCCUUUUCUAAUAAAACUGCAAAAUCAGUGCUGUAUAAGGCAAAAAAACUGGAAACGGUUCUCAGCAUUACAGUGUUUAGUAAACCAUAUAUAAAAGUUUGUAUUAAACUGUUUAAGUGAAAAUUUAGAUGUUUUUCACUAGAAAAAUGUCCGAAAAUUUACCAUGGACUUUACUGUCAGGAAGAUGGAGCUGGAAUGAAUCUUAAAAGAAUCUUCGACCCGCCAACGGACGCUGAGGUCGAUCAAACCAAGUUCGGUCUACCAAAGGUCGACCAAAAUUCCUAACGAAUGAUCUUGGAACUCUGUGACCUCGAUCGACCCAAAUGACCUUUCUAAGAAAACCAAGAUGGCGGCCAAAGUAAAUGUAAACAACAAAAUAGUUGGAAUUUAGCCUAAUGGUUUACUGGUAUAAAACAAUUAAAUGUACCAACUUACAUUAAAUGUUAAUGUUAAUCAAAAUAUGAAAAUGGUGGUGAUCAUUUGACAAUAAUCAAUAAUUUAUAGAUGAACUAUGACUGAACUCAGAACAGGAGUUCAGACUGAAUCGUAUCUAAGAAAAAAAAUAAAGAGUGACUUCGGGAAGGUUAGGCUCAACCUAUGCUUGGUUGGACACACUGGCGCUGGGAAAUCGGCGUUCAUCAAUUCGAUAGUUUCGAUUUCCAAAGGGCACAUUUCAGAUGUUUCAUCAGUAAAAACCGAAGACAUAGGUGGUGUGGGAACCAUGAAGUUGCUUCGAAUUCAAGGCAAUACAACUGAUUUACUUAACCAAGUAUAUGUUUUUGACACGAUGGGAUUUACUCUGGCAAAGUCGCCAGAGGACAACGGCAUAACAGACAAAGACCUGAAAGCUGUUUUGGAAGGAGAAGUAGAAAUUAACCACAAAUUUAGUUCAGUUGGGAGUGAACGAACAGGGUAUCACAAUAGACAAGAAAAUAAACCACAUUGUGUUAUCAUUGUUGUUAGUGCUGAGGCACUGCAGCUUCACGAUGACAGUGUUUUGACGAGAAAAAUGAGGAACUUGCAUAGAUUCAUCCCAAGCGAUGUUUCGAGAAUUGUGGUGAUCACCUGUUGCGACAAAAUAAGCGAGUCCGUUCACCAAAACGUCAAUGAAAUUUACAAAAGCAAAAAAAUUUAUUCCAUAGUCCAAAAGGCGACGAAGACUUUUGGAACACCAGAAAACAUGGUUUUCCCUAUUGUUAACUAUUAUAAAGAACUUAGUUUAAACCCAGAGAAAAACGUUCCGAUUUUGUAUGCGUUGUUGUUUGCACUUACUUUUGCAGCGGAUCGGCAAGAAUUAAGAACUCAAACAUGACUCCAUUGAACAAUGAUAAGAAAAUAACACAAUAAUGUGUUAUGUUAUGUAACAAAAGAUAAAUAAAGUAUGGAAAACAAGUAUUUUUACCUAAAGUACUCCUUAUUAGUUUAAAGUAUAUCAUAGGUAGUAAUAAUGUCACUUCGUCAUGCUCGGCGCAUGUGCGAAAGAUGACGUGACGGCGGGAACCUUUAAUAAACGAAGUUUGG